ACAACUCAAAUUCCGUUGUCGACUGAGCAGUGGAGUGAAGGACUUUGUCCUGUCCAUCGAUUCGACCUACGGAGAUUUGCUGUCCGCCAUUUCCGACCUCUCUGGGAAGGAGAGUGGCAGUCUGAGGAUCUCGACUGCCUACCCCCGUCGGGAAAUCACGUGCAAUGACCUCACUCGGCCACUGGUCCAUUUGGGACUACGCGGCAAUGAGGUGCUCACCGUGGAGCAAGUCGAGGACCGGGGGAUGGCCGUGCAGGAAGAGUUGGCCAGACAAAUUGAGGGUGGACUUGGAAUAUUCACGAGGUAUUGUGUCAAGUCAGACAAUUCGUGUCUCUUUGCCUCAAUCAACUAUUUACUCCAUUCAGAGGACUUUUCCAUUCCCCAACUGAGGCAACUGGUGGCCGACACGAUAAUAAGCAACCCUGCUAAAUAUAACGAGGCAUUUCUGGACCAAAGUCCUGCAGAUUACUGUUUUUGGAUAUCGCAGCCAAGUUCGUGGGGAGGGGCUAUCGAGUUGGACGUGUUUGCCCACCACUACUGUCUCCAAAUAAAUGUGGUGGACACCCGAACACUCCAAAUAUUCAAAUUCGGGGAGGACUCUCAAUAUCAGGACAUGCUAUUCCUCGUUUAUAAUGGGUUUCACUAUGACCCGCUUGUUGUGGACUGUCCUGACCCGGCCUCCCCUCCUCAGAAGGUGUUCAGUCUGGCCAAUGAUUCACACUUGUUUGACAAAGCUGUCGAAUUGGCUGCAGAAAUUAACACUUUGUCUUCUCACUACACCUGCUCUGAUUGUGGUGCUGUAUUCCACUCUGCUCAGGAGAUGGCCAGCCACUCUCAGACUACGGGACAUGUUAACUAUAAUGGUUGA